AUGCCAAACACAGACUCUGUCGUGCGCUGGUGGGUGGCGUUCCUCCGCGGCAACCACGGCGGGGUUUGCGGCGGCCGCAUCGCCCUCUCCCCGGGGAACGCGCGCGAGGGGUCGCGCAGGGGCAACGCCGAGAUUCCUGCGUUUGCCGUCGCCAGGGGCCUCCUCCGCGCCCGCAGCGGCAACGGGGUUGCGCACAACGCGGCUUCGCGGGAAGACCUCGGCGACGCGGCAGAGCGGUCCGACGAGCCCUUCGUGGACGCCGGCGCGGGCAGGGCCCGCCGCGCCUCUCUUCCGGGGGACUCCGGUCUCUUUGGGGCGUUUCCCU